AGCACCAGCAACAAGCUUCAGCCUUCAUAACCUGGCUGCAGACCUGAACAUAUAUUUUUUCCGUGCCCAACCCACGGUAUCUCAGCUUUAGUCGAGGGCUUUGCAAAAGUGGUAUACAUCAUUGCCAUUGCAGCUCGAAGAUGUAAAUAAACGGAACUGAAUUUUAUCUCACACACAUCGAUGGAAGUGGUUGUAGUCAAGCUGUAGAAGAAACCUCUUGGUCGAGUCCGUCUUUCAGGCUAGGACGGAUCUGGCCCGGAAUAACGGAUCAAUUCACGUGAUCUAAAUCCGAUCCUCUCAACUGCCUCCCAAUGAAUGACGCAUCACGAUGAACCUUCCAUUUUAACAAGACACAACGACUCAACCAGCCAACUUGCCCAGUGUAAAUGGCUGACGCCGAGUCCCCGGCUCAAUCAACGGGUUGGCGGAUCGCCAAGGCGUGUCAGGAGUGCAGGAAGCGGAAGAUCAAAUGCAACGGAGUCAACCCCUGCAAAACCUGCCAAUUGCGGGGGACCCCGUGCAUCUACCGCGAUGUCAUCCGCCAGCGGAGGAAGAGAUACCAGUAUCAAGGGAGGCUCGAUCCUGACAGGCCUGGGUCUGAUGGGGCCACCACUGCCACUACCACUACCCGGCCCGACGAAGGCAGUGCUGCGCGGCAGCCGUGGUCUCCCGGUCCGUCACACCACCACGCACAAGCACAAGCACAAGCACAAGCACAAGCACAAGCACAAGCACAAGUACAAGCACGUCGGCGGAACCCAUCGGUCAGUUUGAACGUCAACAACAGCGUCUCAGCCACCCACAUGACAUCGCCCUCAUGCAAGGUCCAACUGUACUAUGGCUCCACCUCGCACUUUGCCCUCAUGCACGAGGUCUACAGAGGCUUGGUGGCAAACAGUCAGUCGGCCGAGGUGGAUCGGCCCCAGGGUGAGGUCGAAGAAGCCGGGGCCGGCUUGGACAUGUUCAGCUUUCGCCGGAUCUUCUUCGGCACACCCACAGAUUCCCAUGAUGCAAACAAGACCCUGGCGGGCUUGGAUUCUCAGCUGUUGUUCUUGCCCUAUGAGCUAGCCAAAUGCUUUCUCGAACGGUACUUGGCUACCCUGCACAAUCUGGCCCCCAUGUGGCCCAAGGAAGAAUUCUAUUACCAGCUGGCUCAGAUGUAUGGCCAAGGGCCGGAUGCUCGCCCCGAUAAGGUUACCCAGUCAAUUCUGCUUGUGGCCAUGGCGAUUGGAGCAUUAGCCACUCAGCAUCACAGUUGGGGUGAUACGCUAUACGACCGCGUCAAGCUAGCCAUGCAUUCACUUGAGGAUGUCGUGAACUUACAGACCAUUCAACUGGCGAUCAUCAUGCAAAGCGAACAGGGCCGGCCCAACUCAACAUUCCUGCUCGUGGGCACCGCUACACGAAAGGCUAUCUCAGCUGGGUUGCACAAGGAAGCCCCAAGCACGGGCGAAGACGCCGCCGAUAGCACCGAAGAACGACGUGCGACGUUCUGGUCCCUCUGCUUCUACGAGAUCUGGACGUGCUUCCAUCUGGGACGACCAAGCUCACUGUCAUUGAAGGAUGCCAGUAUCGCUCCUCCUGAGGAUUCUUUCCUCCAGGUCCUCAUCAGCCUUGGCAAGAUUGUUGCCCGAUCAGCGUCUGAGAUGUACGGCCGCCGCCAUGAGUCCUUGCUGCAAAUGUGGAAGAUUGCUAGAUCGAUCAUCGACGAGCUCCGCGGAUUCGACUGCUUGAUGAGACAAGCGCUGGGCUUUGGGCUGGAUAAAUGUGCCCAGCCAGGGAGCUUGGGGGUGCGACAGAUCAUUGCGACCACUCGUAAGAUACGUGAAACCAGGAUUCUGACGGAGUUGCUGAUUGCUACAGUAUAUUAUCACACAAUUCUUCUCACCUUUCGGCCAUUUCUGAUAUUUCGUGGACGGUGGCAACAGGAUAUGAAACGGUCAUCAUGCGUUGCGGCGACGAAACGAGCGACUGAAAUUCCCUCAUGGCUCAACGAAGCCUGCAACCAAGCCCUCAGCGCUGCAUGCAGGACCAUUCAUCAUUUAUGCGAAGCAUCGGCAUGCAAUGAACUGGUCAGAGAACUGCGGUAUCAUGGCUAUUUCCUAGGCAACUCAUCUUUUGCGCUCAUGUACGACCUCAUGCACGGUGAGAAUCUUGCGGCCACACAUUUGCCUUGGAUACAUGCUGCCGUGCAAGGCAUGUCGCAGAUGCGGCCUGGGGAUCCGAUCAAGAGUUCUAUCACCGCCAUUCAGACUGUCCUAAGGAAAAUCCACCCCUCGUACGAGUGGGUAGCACCGGAGACGACCAAAAGCCAGAUAUAUGAUUAUGAGCACACGCCCCCUGUAAACCCACAGCACCAUCCGACUUCCGCCUCCAACCAAGGGCAGAGCCUCAUGCCAAUGGCUACACCCGGGGAUCCGGCGGUAGCAGGGAACCUCCCCAUGCUGUCUAAUCUACAAGGGAAUCUGUUACAGGAUGGCAUACGCAUCCCCAGCGGUAGCGUCGGCAGUGGAGAUGAUCUUCUCGAUUUCACCCAAUCCGACAUGGGCUGGGACUUUGAUUUCUCCACGAUGGAUCUGGAGGCUUUCUUCUCCAUCAAUGCAGAUAUAGACCCGAUGGCGUUUUGAAAGAGUGCCUGGCGCAUGAUCGAACACUGUCCUUUUGCGGCUGUGACAUGCAAGGCCUG